CAUUUGCGUCAUGACGCUCUGACGGCAAGACGGGGAAAGAGAAUGGACUUGAGCUCCACCAGACUAAACCAACUAUAACAUUUAUGAGUCGCUUUAAUUUAACUACCAACUAUGCUAGUUAGAGUUAAGUCAACAUGGGAAGUGAUUCAGCUAAUUAAACAGAACUACAAACUAGAAUGCCGUUGCUGGUUCGCUAGCUAGCUAACGCUAGCUUUUAGCGGAAGAACCGAACCGAGGAUCUAACCGUGUACGAUGUCCGAAUCCUGAGUACCGUGUGUCAGAAACGGGGGAUAAAAAGUUCUGACCGUGCCUUCAACUGAAUCGUGUCGGUGUUGACAUGAUGAAGAACUGCGAGUACAGGCAGAUCGACCCUCGGGCUUUGUCGGUGUUGCCGUCGUCCGCACAGAACCUCGCCGAAAAGAGAGCGCCACCGCUGCGGAGAAAAUGGGAAGUGUUCCCGGGGAAGAACCGGUUCUACUGCAACGGACGGCUGAUGCUGGCCAGACAAAGCGGUGUCCUUCCUCUGACGCUGGGCCUUAUUGUUGUCACUUGUGGCCUUUUCUUUGCUUUCGAUUGCCCAUUCUUGGUGGAGCAUUUGACAGUGUUUAUAGCUGUGAUAGGUGUGGUUCUUUUUGUGUUUGUGAUGAUUUCCUUGCUGAGAACCAGCUUUACAGACCCAGGCAUCCUACCUAGGGCCACACCAGAUGAAGCUACAGACAUAGAGAAGCAGAUUGAUACCUCUGGAUCCAGCACUUAUCGCCCCCCUCCACGGACUAAGGAAAUCCUCAUCAACCAGCAGGUGGUAAAGCUCAAAUACUGCUUCACUUGUAAAAUAUUCCGUCCUCCUCGGACAUCCCAUUGCAGCCUGUGUGACAACUGUGUGGAGCGGUUUGAUCAUCACUGUCCGUGGGUAGGGAACUGUGUGGGCAAGCGCAAUUACCGCUUCUUCUACAGCUUCAUCAUCUCACUCUCUUUCCUCACAUCUUUCAUUUUUGGCUGUGUCAUCACACACCUCACUUUACGCUGUCAAGAAGGAAAAAGCAUUGUUCAAGCCAUUCAGGAGAGUCCUGCCAGUGUGGUGGAACUGGUGAUUUGUUUCUUCUCCAUCUGGUCUAUUUUGGGCCUCUCGGGCUUCCAUACUUACUUGGUCGCCUCAAACCUCACAACAAAUGAAGAUAUAAAGGGCUCCUGGUCAAGUAAAAGAGGUGCAGAAGACUCUGGGAACCCCUACAGUUACAACUGCAUUAUAACAAACUGCUGUGCCACAUUAUGUGGCCCCAUGCCCCCGAGUCUGAUUGACAGAAGAGGUUUCGUACCCCCCGAUGUUGAGGUUUUUGCUGUUGCUUCUUCGGACACAGAUUUACCACCAUUUGCAGCCAAGGAUGACGUGCACAUGUGCGCUCGGAGCACCAAGGACAUGCUGGAGAGGGUGAUCCACUUCUCCGCCCUCCACGGCCUGUGCCUCCCUGGCACCAGUAAGCCCUGUCCUGUGGGCACAGAAUCAUCCACAGAGCCUCCGGGCGCAGGCUGCUCACAGCACGGCCGCUCUCCCGUGUCUGCGCCAUGCCUCCCAUUCAGCCGAAGCACCGAGAAGGACUCUCUGCAAUCAAUCAACCCAGCCUUCCGCCUGGCUUGUCCCUCGCCAACGCUUGGCCGAACCACAGUGAUUCUGGGUGAUUCACCAGACGUCGGCUUUACUGCGGCUUCGUGAGCGCACACAGAAGUCACAAGCAGUCCUGCUGCUGUUAUUGAAUUCUCACUGUGGCACCACUUCUUACAAGUGAUGUUUCUGGCUGUGGAUGAACAUUUUAAUGCUGUUCUGUUACCAUUUGUUUUUGGACGACGAGGCAUUAGAGUUGGAUGUUAUAUUUUCAUAGUGGGGGUUAAAAAAAAUUCUCCACAUGCUUUCAGACUGAAGGUUAAACUUAGUAAAUCUCUCAAGCACAAUAUAAAGAUAUUUUUCAGGUCACACAGAACAUGCCUCGACACCUCCCCAGAUCCUCAAGCCAUAUGUCAAAGCCGGAGUCUUUAAUUUCCUGCUAUUAUCUUAUGCAAACAAUUCUUUAAGUCUGAGAAGAGUUACAGAAUGUCUGUUGGUUAAAGGAGUGCAGAUAUAAUGCUUGUUUUACUGCUGUGGUUACUGAGCCAUUACAGGAUUAUCAGUCUUGUUUCCUGUCGUCUGCGUCAUCCCGUUGACAUUAGAGGGAUGCGGUUCAGUUUUUAUUUUUAAGUAUGUCACCGCUGUUGCUGUACAUGUUGCACAUCACACUCUCAGACUAGUUGAUAUGUUUUUGAUUUGUCGGGUUUCAAAGGAGUCACUAGUGUGACUUUGUGUGACAGUGAGUGGAUUUGUUAGUGUAUCACAACCUGUCUAAGGUACACAAAUGAUGCAAAUUUUAAUUUGUUUCAUGUGAAAAGAAAUUGAGGUUUGCAUUUCAGUAUUUUUAACAGACCCUAUUACGUGUUAAAAGGGACACAAAUGGCAACUUGUAUGCCUCAGCCAGUUGGGGC